AUGAAGAUUCUAUCACUUCUCUCAAUUGUUGGUCUGAGCUCCGCGGCAGCUCUUACAGCCAAAGCUGGAAGCUGCUGUAAUGUCGAAGGAAACAUGUUCCUCCUGAAUAUUGGUGACAGAGACCAAAUCGUCAUCAGCAAAUGGGGAAAAGACGGCACUGACUUAAUCGCCCAGUUGGGCCGCGACAGCUCUGUUGAUUUUGAAGACGCCCUCUUCUACAUCAACAAAGACAACAACCGUCUUAUCGUCCUUAAUGACUCCAACAAAUUCCAACCAUACAACGCCUACACAGACAGUCCAAAUGGCGGCGAGUUGAAAUUUACCUAUUAUAAUGACACUACCAGAUACUACUACUGGCCUGUUUUUGAUAUCAACUCAACUGGCAAUUUGACUGUCAAUGGCUCAAGCAAGGCUUUCAGUGUUUGCUAUUCCAAGAACUCUCACUCCACAAUCCAUAUCGGAUCAACCGCUGGCAAGAACUGCACAGCAAUUGAUGACCCUAUAGUAGCUCGCCUCACUUCCCAGCUCUGGAAUUAG